UCUGCUGGUGACUGCGGUCAAACACCGUCGCCAUAUUUGGUUUAAGUUCCGCCAGGCGCCAAAGGCGUCGUCACUUGUGAUGAGUCGAACCGCGGUCCUCUACUACGCCCUCUGUGUCCGUGAGAGUACAGCAAGCGUGGCUAAUCAAAGCACGAAAAGAAAGAUGAGCAGCUCCGAGGAGGUGUCUUGGAUCUCGUGGUUUUGCGGUCUGCGAGGGAAUGAGUUCUUUUGCGAGGUGGAUGAGGACUACAUUCAAGACAAAUUCAACUUAACAGGGUUGAAUGAGCAAGUGCCACACUAUCGUCAAGCAUUAGAUAUGAUCCUUGAUCUUGAGCCAGAUGAUGAUUUGGAUGACAAUCCGAAUCAAUCCGACCUGAUUGAGCAAGCCGCGGAGAUGCUGUACGGUCUUAUUCACGCGCGUUACAUUCUUACGAAUCGUGGCAUCGCCCAGAUGAUCGAGAAGUAUCAAGCGGGCGAUUUCGGUCACUGUCCGCGCGUCUACUGCGAGUCCCAGCCGAUGUUGCCACUGGGUCUUAGCGACGUGCCUGGUGAGGCAAUGGUCAAGAGCUACUGUCCCAAGUGCAUGGACGUUUACACGCCGAAGAGCUCGAGACAUCAUCAUACAGACGGAGCAUACUUUGGGACGGGAUUUCCGCAUAUGUUGUUUAUGGUUCACCCCGAAUACAGACCGAAGCGUGCGCAAAAUCAAUUUAUACCCAGAUUAUACGGUUUUAAAAUCCAUCCUCUAGCAUAUCAGAUCCAGCAACAGUCUGCAUCUACGUUCAAAGCACCUUUACGAGCUCUCAACUAUAAUAACGGGAAACGUUAAGGACACUUUGGCGUAGCUUAGAAUACUUCCUUUUAUUCUUUCACAAUACAAUUCCUAAUUUCGUCCUUAAGACUAAAAUAAAAUAUUUUUUAUAUCUCUGUUUCUCUCUCUCUCUUUCUCUCUCUUUCCUCUCCUUUUCUUUUUCUAGCUCUUCUCCCUUUAACACAUCUUUUUGUGCAACCAUACGUCAUUCAUUAUGACUCUCGAUUUGUUCAUAGUCUUGUCGUUUUGAAUUUGUGACUUCCAAGUUUCCGAUCAUACGAAACAUUAAGAAAGAGAGAGAAAGGAAGAGAAAGAGAGAGAAGAGGGAGUGAAUAAUUGUAUUAAUUCAAAUCUCGCAGUAUAACAAUCUGUUCUCGUUUGAGAUCCAAUGUUUGUAUCAAGACUAUUUUAUUCUUCAUGGGAUAAAGGAGAAAGAAAGAUAUGAAAACACGCUUAGAAUAAUUACUAGAUCAUAAGUGAGGAAAAGAAGACGAUUAUAAAUAGGACACGCAGCUGUAUUGUGCGAGUCGCUCGCGUCACCGUUCAUUGCUGCCAAGUAGUUCCUAAAUGUGCAGAAGCGAAUGUUGUGAGUAAAUCGAGCUAGUAGCGCCGGCUUCACACCGAUUCUUUUCAAGACGAGAAAUGAUAUAUAAAGAUGAGAAACUGUUGAGAGAAAAAUAACUUAAUUAUCAAGUAAUUCUCGCGCGGACUGUGACAAAAGCGAUUUGUUAAUACACAAUUGAAGACGGUGCGUAUGUAAUUAUACGAAAACUAUCGACCUUUUUUUAAGACACGGUGUAACUGCAGAAAUGAAGAUCACGAUGUUUCUCAGUGAAGUAAAAAGAGGAGGAAGGAACAUCUUGAUUUCUACCACAGUUUUCGAAAUAUUUAUAGGGACGGUCGUAUUGGAGAAUCACAUAACCGAAAUUUUAUAUAUAGUUUCCAGAAACAAAGUGAAAGUUAUAACAAGA